AUGCCUGCACAAGAGAAAGGAGCACAGAAUCCGAAGGACGCGGUUGCCCUCGCGGAUAAGGAGCUGCUCGCGGCAUUGGGGUACAAAGAGGAGUUUCAGAGAGCGUUCACGCCGUUGGAGGUCUUCGGUAUAGCAUUCAGUAUAAUUGGCUUGCUACCUUCGAUCGCAUCCGUACUGCUCUAUGCGCUUCCCAAUGGCGGCGCGUCGGCAAUGGUCUGGGGAUGGGCGGUCGCCAGUGUUUUCAUCCUUUUCGUCGGAAUGUCUAUGGCUGAGCUGGCAUCUGCGGCGCCCACGUCCGGUGGUCUGUACUUCUGGACACAUUCUCUUUCGUCUCCACGAUGGCGUAAUCUGCUAGCCUGGAUCGUGGGAUACUCCAACACGAUCGGUUCUAUAGCAUCUGUAGCUUCAAUAGACUGGGGUUGCGCAGUCCAAGUCAUGGCUGCAGCUAGCAUUGGCUCGGGCCAAGAGUUUACGGCCACCAAUGCCCAGUUAUUUGGGUGCUACGCAGCUAUCGUAUUGACUCAAUCGAUCGUGUGCUCUCUGGCCACCCGGGUGUUAGCGCGUCUGCAGACGGUGUACGUCAUCCUGAACGUUAUGCUGUGCCUAGCCGUUAUUGUAGCUCUGCCGGCGGCCACUCCCUCGGAAUUCAAGAACAGUGCACGUUACGCCCUCGGUAACUUUUCAAAUGUCAGCGGAUGGCCGGAUGGGUUUGCUUUUAUUUUGAGCUUCCUAGCGCCUCUCUGGACUAUCUGUUCUUUCGACUCCAGCGUCCACAUAAGCGAGGAAGCGUCCAACGCUGCUACCGCUGUUCCAUGGGCGAUUGUCAAUGCUAUUGCUAUCGCGGGUAUUCUUGGAUGGGCAAUCAACGUGUCAUUGGCAUUUUGCAUGGGGACGGACCUUGACAGCAUUAUGAAUAGCCCCAUCGGCCAGCCCAUGGCGCAGAUCUUCCUCAACAGCUUCGGAGAAAAGGGCACCCUCGCUGUCUGGGCUAUCGUCGUCCUCGUGCAAUACAUGAUGGGGUCGAGCAUGGUUCUCGCGGCGUCCCGCCAGUCCUUUGCAUUCUCGCGCGACGGCGCCCUCCCCUUCUCCGGCAUCCUGUACCGCAUGAACAGCUACACGAAGACGCCCGUGAACACCGUGUGGUUUGUGUGCUUCUCUUCGAUCGCGCUCGGCCUGCUCGCUUUUGCGGGCGAGGGCGCGAUCGACGCGGUGUUCGCGAUUGGCGUGGUCGCGCUGUAUGUUGCGUACGCGAUCCCGAUUAUGGCGCGGUUCCUAGGCGAGAAUGAGUACAAGCCCGGGCCAUUCAGCCUCGGGAUUUUUAGUCUCCCGGUGGCGGUUAUCUCGGUGGUGUGGAUGGCAUUCAUGGGCAUCGUAUUCCUCUUCCCGACCAGCCCGCAGACGGACGUCGCAGAUAUGAACUAUACGAUCGUCGUCCUGGGCGGGGUGCUUAUCCUGUCUUUGGUUUGGUAUUACUUCCCGAAGUAUGGAGGCGUGCAUUGGUUUAAGGGACCCGUGCCGACUGUGGAGAAGAACAGCUGGGAUGAGGAAUCCGAUGGCCAGGGCUCGGAGGUGGAAAGAGAAAAGAAGUCGAGGGAAAAUGAGGUGGAUGUGAGAGCUGUUGAGGCUGCCGAGAGAUCGUGA